CUACGACAAUUUCAAUCAUUUUAUUAUAGCGCCAAUGGUUUGCCGGCUUUUCGGUCUUUCGAUCUCUCCGCCUCCCCUAGGUAUCGAUCGCGCCAUUACGUAUGCCACGUUUUUGGGGGAUUUUUAACUCCGAUGCUGUGGGUGAAUGUCUACCGCGCUUGCUCUUUAGGCAAGACGCAUGUGAAAAUAGUGAUGAUGCGCUUCUGAUGGCGAUGUAUUUAAUCGUUUGAAAUAACAAUUCCUUGUACCGCAUACCCUUUUCUUGCUCUGAGAACUCAUUCAUGACAUUGCAGGUGCUCCACUGAUCUGUCGUGCAUCAUGGCGACCCACGCCUCAAGUAAUGUCGUUCCCGAUGCCGAGUACAGAUCAGAUCACGAGACUCUCCGGCCUUCAAUACCCGCCUCGCCCCUCAUGUCUUCGGAAAGUCUUGACACGGACGGCAAGUCCAGCGAUGAAGAUGUCAGCAAGGCCGACUCAUGGAGAAUGAUGGACCAAGUCAAGGACAUCAAAAGGCUACAGGAAAAGGAUGGUUUAAAGCAGCGCAUUUUGGGCGUCACAUGGACCAACCUAUCUGUCAAGGGAGUCGGUACCGAUGCUGCUGUCAACGAGAACGUCAUCAGCCAAUUCAACAUACCACAGAAGAUCAAAGACAGACAAAGGAAAGCGCCGCUCAAGACCAUCAUCGACAACUCCAAUGGCUGUGUCAAACCAGGAGAAAUGCUUCUCGUGCUAGGUCGCCCCGGCGCCGGUUGCACGUCGCUUUUGAAAAUGCUCGCCAAUCGACGUCUAGGUUACGCCGAAGUCACUGGCGAGGUCCACUACGGCUCAAUGGAUCACAAGCAAGCGAAACAGUACCAAGACCAGAUUGUGAUAAACACCGAAGAGGAAUUGUUCUUCCCAACUCUCACCGUGAAACAGACCAUGGAUUUCGCCACAAGACUCAAAGUGCCAUACCGGUUGCCUUCCGAUUUUGCAUCAACAAAGGAAUAUCAGGAAUGGUCCCGCGAUUUCUUACUGGCAACCAUGAGCAUCGAACACACUCACGACACCAAGGUCGGAAAUGAGUAUGUCCGGGGUGUGUCUGGCGGCGAGCGAAAGCGAGUGUCCAUCAUCGAAACUUUGGCCAGCCGCGGCUCUGUCUACUGCUGGGACAACUCCACUCGUGGCCUGGAUGCCUCGACGGCACUGGAAUACACGAAAUGCAUACGAUCACUCACAGAUGUGCUUGGGUUGAGCACCAUCGUCACGUUAUAUCAAGCAGGUAAUGGUAUUUAUGACCUGUUCGACAAGGUUCUCGUCCUUGACGAGGGCAAACAAGUGUUCUACGGCCCUCUAAAAGAAGCAAAGCCAUUCAUGGAGGAGCUCGGCUUCAUUUGUGACGAGGGAGCCAACGUUGCAGACUUUCUGACCGGCGUCACCGUCCCAACCGAGCGCAAAAUCAAGCCUGAGUUCGAGAAUCGCUUCCCAAGGAACGCAGACGAGAUCCGGAAGCACUACGAAAGCACACAAAUCAAAACUGCGAUGGACAAAGAACUCGACUUCCCGCAUUCAGAAGAGACGAAACGCUCGACAUCGGAAUUUCGAGAGGGUGUUGCCUACGAAAAGCACAAGAGCCUUGGUAAGAACUCGCCUUACACUGUCAGCUUCGCUACCCAAGUCCGAGUAGCCAUCAAGCGCCAAUACCAAUUGAUCUGGGGAGACAAGCCCACCGUCCUCAUCAGACAAGUCUCGAUGAUCAUCCAGGCUCUCAUUGCCGGUUCUCUCUUCUACAAUGCCCCUCAAAAUUCGUCUGGUUUGUUCAUCAAGUCCGGCGCCAUAUACCUUGCCACUCUCAUCCCCGCACUCUAUGCUAUGAGUGAAGUCACCGACUCAUUCUCCGCUCGCAGCGUCCUCGCCAAACACCGCGGAUUCGCCUUCUUCCAUCCUGCAGCCUUUUGCAUUGCGCAGAUCACGGCAGAUAUUCCUAUCAUGAUCCUUCAGACCACGCUCUUCUCCCUGCCCGUAUAUUGGCUCACUGCCCUGAAGCCGACGGGAGAGGCAUUUAUGACGUUUUGGGUAAUGCUCUUUGCGGUCGCCGUUUCGAGUACCGCCUUCUUCCGCUUCAUUGGUGCAGCUUUUCCCACGUUCGAUGCCGCUUCAAAGGUUUCGGGUUUUGCAUUUGCAGCAUUGGUCAUCUACAUGGGCUAUCUGAUCCCAAAGCCGCAAAUGCACCCCUGGCUAGGGUGGAUCUACUGGAUCAACCCACUUGCGUACGCGUUCGAUGCGCUGCUAAGCAAUGAGCUUUCAGGUCAGGUAUUUCCGUGCGCCAACACUCAACUCGUACCGAAUGGACCGGGAUAUACCGACGGUUCUUUCCAAGCAUGUACGGGUGUCCGGGGUGCUAUGCCCGGCGCGACAUCAGUUACCGGUGAGGAAUAUCUUGCAAGCUUGGAGUACAGCGAAUCUCAUAUCUGGCGCAACUUUGGUAUUCUUUGGGCAUGGUGGUUGCUCUACGUAGCCUUGACAAUCUUCUUCACCUCGAGAUGGAAUCAGGUCUCCGGCAACAGUGGCUUCCUCCUAAUUCCUCGCGAAAAGGCCAAGAAGGUCAACAACAUUGGUCAGGAUGAGGAGUCCCGAUCGACGGCGGCGCCUGUGGAGAAGGUCAAGAGCCGACAGGAAGAAAAGGAAGUUGAAGACAAUCUCAUCCGGAACACUUCGGUCUUCACGUGGAAAAAUCUUACGUACACUGUUAAGACUCCUUCCGGGGACAGAGUACUUCUUGACAAUGUACAAGGAUGGGUGAAACCUGGUAUGCUUGGUGCUCUGAUGGGUUCAUCUGGUGCAGGCAAGACAACUUUAUUAGAUGUCCUGGCACAACGUAAGACAGAUGGCACUAUCAAAGGCAGCAUCCAAGUCGACGGUCGCGAUCUACCCAUCUCGUUCCAGAGAUCCGCAGGCUACUGUGAGCAAUUGGACGUCCACGAACCGCUCGCAACCGUCCGCGAGGCUCUCGAGUUCUCGGCACUACUCCGUCAGAGCCGCGAAACUCCGAGAGCGGAGAAGCUCAAAUAUGUCGACACUAUCAUCGAUCUCUUGGAAAUGCGUGAUCUCGAAAACACCCUGAUCGGAACCACAUCUGCAGGUUUGUCUGUGGAGCAGCGGAAGAGACUGACUAUCGGCGUUGAGCUUGUCUCCAAGCCCAGCAUUCUGAUCUUCCUCGACGAGCCUACAUCUGGUCUGGACGGCCAGGCCGCUUUCAACAUUGUCAGAUUUCUCCGCAAGCUUGCCGAUGUUGGACAAGCGGUUCUCGUGACGAUUCACCAGCCCUCUGCUUCUCUCUUCGCACAGUUUGAUACCCUCUUACUCCUUGCCAAGGGCGGCAAAACUGUGUACUUCGGCGACAUUGGUGACAACGGUCAGACGGUGAACGAAUACUUUGGUCGUAAUGGCGCCCCAUGCCCGACAAAUGUCAACCCUGCCGAACACAUGAUCGACGUCGUUUCUGGUUCCCUCAACAAGGAUCGAGACUGGAACCAAGUCUGGCUUGACAGUCCCGAGCAUGAGAAAAUGGUCAAUGAGCUCGAUGAGUUGGUGUCUGAUGCUGCAUCGAAACCUCCCGGAACUAAGGACGACGGUCGCGAGUUCGCCACUUCGCUCUGGGAACAGAUCAAGAUUGUCACUCAUCGCGACAACGUCUCGCUUUACAGAAACACAGACUAUGCGACCAACAAAUUCAUGCUGCACAUCGGUUCAGCACUUUUCAACGGUUUCUCCUUCUGGAUGAUCGGGGACGGUGUAUCCGAACUUCAACUCAAGCUCUUCACCAUCUUCAACUUCAUCUUCGUAGCCCCAGGCGUGAUCGCACAAUUACAGCCUCUGUUCAUCGAACGCCGCGACAUCUUCGAGACGCGCGAGCGCAAGAGCAAAAUGUACCACUGGUCAGCCUUCGUCACGGGUCUAAUCGUCAGCGAGAUCCCCUACCUGGUCAUUUGCGCCGUGCUCUAUUUCGUCUGCUGGUACUACACCGUCGGCUUCCCCGUCGCGAGCGAGCGCGCCGGCGCCGUCUUUUUCGUCAUGCUCUUCUACGAAUUCAUCUACACCGGCAUCGGCCAGGCCACCGCCGCAUACGCGCCCAACCCGGUCUUCGCUGCACUCGUCAACCCGCUCAUCAUCAGCGUCCUCGUCAGCUUCAGCGGCGUGCUGGUUCCGUAUGCGCAGAUCACGGCGUUCUGGAGGUACUGGAUUUACUGGAUGAACCCGUUCAACUACCUCAUGGGCAGUCUCCUCGUCUUCACCAUCUGGGAUGCCCCGGUGCAGUGCAGCGAGAACGAACUCGCCAUUUUCAACCCGCCAUCCGGUCAGACUUGUCGCGCAUAUCUGUCAGAUUUCCUCCGCGGCAUGGGUUCUGGUAGUAAUCUCAUCAACCCGGAUGCCACCUCGGACUGUCGCGUCUGCCAGUAUUCCAACGGAUCCGAUUACCUCAGGACGUUGAACCAGGAGGCGUACUAUUACGGCUGGCGGAACGCGGGCAUCGUGGUCUUGUUCGCUCUGAGUUCUUACGCCAUGGUGUUUGCAUUGAUGAAACUUCGCACCAAGGCGACGAAGCGUGCGGAGAAAUGAGCUCGUUUUCCUGAUGAUUGUGUUUCCACUGCAUGGCAUUGAGGAAUUUGGCUCAUUGGUGCCUUUUCCGGUGGUUAUUUUGGGGUCCAUCUCGCAAGAAGACAUAGAGGACCGGUUCCUCGCCGUGUGAUGACGAGGUGUUCGUGUCCAGAUGUUAGAUUUCAGACAAAAUAUAGAUAUUGUACAAGUAAUAGAACAUCCAUCGUGACCCGCGAUCGUCAAGGUAGCGAACACGGUUC